ACAGGACUCUGACGCACUGCAGUACCGCGAGGAAGUUUUGAGUGUAGUAAUUAAUGUACAGCGUCUCACGUGUUUGACCUCUGAGUAUAAUUAUAAUUUAUGUUAGCUUUAAAUCAGUACAUGUGCGACAUUGAUAAAUUAAAACAUAUAGCUGUUUUGCAGAAGUGCAGCGUCUUCGUUCUCGAGGCAUCAAGAAAAUAUAAACAAGGCUGUCACGGAGCUCGCCAGGGACAUGGGUCAGCUUUGCGCUGCAACACUCUUACCAUUUGGUGUCAUCUGCGUUGUUUUUAUUUGGGAUUGUGGUGCCAGUUCUUUAAUAAAAACAAGAUUUGCAGUGCUCACUUCAAGGGAGGAGUGUCCAGAAAACAAGGUAGUGACCGUGGAGUACCCCUGUAUUACAGCAAGGGGCACGGAUGGCACCUGUCUCAGGAGGAAAUGCUGUGAGGGCUUCAGGUUCGUGAUGGGCCAGUGCAUACCUGAAAAUGUGGAUGUGUGUUCUGGCUCCCCCUGUGAACAGCAGUGCACAGACAACUUUGGACGCGUUGUCUGCACCUGUUACCCCGGAUACCGCUUUGAUCGAGAGAGGCAUCGCAACCACCAGACCUACUGUUUAGACAUCGAUGAGUGUAUGGAGUCUGACAGCAGUGUCUGUGAUCACAGCUGCGAGAACACCGUGGGCAGCUUCCUGUGUCGCUGUCACAGGGGUUACAUCCUGGCACCGGACAAGCACUCCUGUAUACCCAGUCACAACCUGAGCUCGUCGGGGAAGUCUGACACCCUGAUGAGUGCUGGCUCCUGCUCCCUCACCUGUCAGGACUUUGUCAACAUGAGGAACAGCCUGAUGCAGCUCAAACUGAGGCUGGGCAGCACUCAGUCACCUAACCAGGUGUUGUCUCCUGGCCUGGCUAACAGCAGUGAUAAGCCUUCUGCUGGGAGGUUGGGGAAAGGUCCUGACACCCCCGCCCUCCCUGGUCCUCCUGGCUCUUCAGGAUCCCGUGGGGUCCCAGGCCAAUCAGGAGUGCCGGGGGAGAAGGGAGAACCUGGAGAGAGAGGCCUGACCGGCCCCCUGGGGCCACGGGGAGACAUGGGCCCUAUGGGCCCCGAGCCUGACCUGGAGCACAUCAAGAGGGGUCGCAGAGGAGCUGUGGGACCUCCUGGCGCACCAGGCAGAGAUGGACUGAAGGGUGACAGGGGAACUCCUGGUCCCAGAGGUCUACCAGGACCUCCCGGCUCCUUCGACUUCCUCCUGGUCAUGAUGGCCGACAUUCGCAUUGACAUCAUCGAGCUGCAGGAGCAAGUGUUUGGGAAGAGGCGGGGCCUCUCCUUAGACAACCCGCCCCACUCCAGCGGAGAGACAGGGUUCGGAGAGUGGAGCUCCGGACAAGGAGAGCUCAUGCUCAAUACCUGAACUCCAUAACCCUGCCCACGGCAACGGUCACUCAAAACGAUAAGCCAAAGGGAACUAAUUAAUCAACUGACUCUUGUAAACCAGAGACAUUGAACUGACUGAACUGACUCCUUUCCUCCAGUGAAACCUUGUCUCUAAAACCCAAAUAGGACUGUAUGAGUUGAGGAGACCUCUGAUCAGCUCUCUCCUGUCAGAGACAGACUAUAAACAAACGGAGAGAGAGGGAGAGAGAGAGAGAGAGAGGGAGAGAGAAAGAAUGGCAAAGAUGGAACCACUGACCGUCCAAACCAAACCACUGCAAGCUUUGCCUUGCCGCCUUGAUUUUUCCUUCUGGCCUGGUCCAGUCUGAGGACUGAGGAGAGGGGGUAUGCCUUUGCGUGCAACAAGGGGGUGAUGGUUGUAGCCCUGUGUGACUGUGUCUUUGUGCGCUCUGAGCUGAACAGCUUCAAACACAGCAAGGGCUUUAUCGUCUGCAUCUCUUCCUGUUCCUGUCAAAUCUGUACAGUCCGAGGAGAGGAGACUCCGGUCGGUCGCUGCCUGACACUGCUUACCUGCCCUGCAGGGCCUAGAACCAGACUCAGGCCCCAGACUGCACCUGUCCAUGCAACAACCCAAAUCAACAGCUUUUAUACCAUUGCCACUACACUACAGUCUCUCUGAAGCAUCUUUAGAGAUACAGUACAUAUACUAUAUUAGCAAAACUAGGUGGAUACCUGCUCAUCCAACAUUUUUUUAUUUUUAAUUUAACCUUUAUUUAACCAGGUAGGCUAGUUGAGAACAAGUUCUCAUUUACAACUGUGACCUGGCCAAGAUAAAGCAAAGCAGUGUGAACAGACAACAACACAGAGUUACACAUGGAGUAAACAAUAAACAAGUCAAUAACACAGUAGAAAAAAAGAAAAAAGAGAGUCUAUAUACAUUGUGUGCAAAAGGCAUGAGGAGGUAGGCGAAUAAUUACAAUUUAUCAGAUUAACACUGGAGUGAUAAAUGAUCAGAUGGUCAUGUGCAGGUAGAGAUACUAGUGUGCAAAAGAGCAGAAAAGUAAAUAAAUUAAAACAGUAUGGGGAUGAGGUAGGUAAAUUGGGUGGGCUAUUUACCGAUGGACUAUGUACAGCUGCAGCGAUCAGUUAGCUGUUCAGAUAGCAGGUGUUUAAAGUUGGUGAGGGAGAUAAAAGUCUCCAACUUCAGCGAUUUUUGCAAUUCGUUCCAGUCACAGGCAGCAGAGAACUGGAAGGAAAGGCGGCCAAAUGAGGUGUUGGCUUUAGGGAUGAUCAGUGAGAUACACCUGCUGGAGCGCGUGCUACGGGUGGGUGUUGCCAUCGUGACCAGUGAACUGAGAUAAGGCGGGGCUUUACCUAGCAUGGACUUGUAGAUGACCUGGAGCCAGUGGGUCUGGCGACGAAUAUGUAGAAAGGACCAGCCGACUAGAGCAUACAGGUCGCAGUGGUGGGUGGUAUAAGGUGCUUUAGUAACAAAACGGAUGGCACUGUGAUAAACUGCAUCCAGUUUGCUGAGUAGAGUAUUGGAAGCUAUUUUGUAGAUGACAUUGCCGAAUUCGAGGAUCGGUAGGAUAGUCAGUUUUACUAGGGUAAGUUUGGUGGUGUGAGUGAAGGAGGCUUUGUUGCGGAAUAGGAAGCCGACUCUAGAUUUGAUUUUCGAUUGGAGAUGUUUGAUAUGAGUCUGGAAGGAGAGUUUAUAGUCUAGCCAGACACCUAGGUACUUAUAGAUGUCCACAUAUUCUAGGUCGGAACCAUCCAGGGUGGUGAUGCUGGUCAGGCGUGCGGGUGCAGGCAGCAAACGGUUGAAAAGCAAGCAUUUGGUUUUACUAGCGUUUAAGAGCAGUUGGAGGCCACGGAAGGAGUGUUGUAUGGCAUUGAUGCUCAUUUGGAGGUUAGAUAGCACAGUGUCCAAGGAAGGGCCAGAAGUAUACAGAAUGGUGUCAUCUCCGUAGAGGUGGAUCAGCGAAUCGCCCGCAGCAAGAGCAACAUCAUUGAUAUAUACAGAGAAAAGAGUCGGCCCGAGAAUUGAACCCUGUGGCACCCCCAUAGAGACUGCCAGAGGACCGGACAACAUGCCCUCCGAUUUGACACACUGAACUCUGUCUGCAAAGUAGUUGGUGAACCAGGCAAGGCAGUCAUUAGAAAAACCGAGGCUACUGAGUCUGCCGAUUAGAAUAUGGUGAUUGACAGAGUCGAAAGCCUUGGCCAGGUCGAUGAAGACGGCUGCACAGUACUGUCUUUUAUUGAUGGCGGUUAUGAUAUCGUUUAGUACCUUGAACGUGGCUGAGGUGCACCCGUGACCGGCUCGGAAACCAGAUUGCACAGCGGAGGUGAUAUGGUGGGAUUCGAGAUGGUCAGUGAUCUGUUUGUUGACUAGGCUUUCGAAGACCUUAGAUAGGCAGGGCAGGAUGGAUAUAGGUCUGUAACUGUUUGGGUCCAGGGUGUCUCCUCCUUUGAAGAGGGGGAUGACUGCGGCAGCUUUCCAAUCCUUGGGGAUCUCAGACGAUAUGAAAGAGAGGUUGAACAGGCUGGUAAUAGGGGUUGCGACAAUGGUGGCGGAUAGUUUCAGAAGAGGGUCCAGAUUGUCAAGCCCAGCUGAUUUGUACGGGUCCAGGUUUUGCAGCUCUUUCAGAACAUCUGCUAUCUGGAUUUGGGUAAAGGAGAAGCUGGGGAGGCUUGGGCGAGUAGCUGCGGGGGGGGGCAUGGCCAGCCGUUGAGAAAUGCUUGUUGAAGUUUUCGAUUAUCAUGGAUUUAUCAGUGGUGACCGUGUUACCUAGCCUCAGUGCAGUGGGCAGCUGGGAGGAGGUGCUCUUGUUCUCCAUGGACUUUACAGUGUCCCAGAACUUUUGGGCGUUAGAGCUACAGGAUGCACAUUUCUGCUUGAAAAAGCUGGCCUUUGCUUUCCUGACUGACUUGGUUCCUGACCUCCCUGAACAGUUGCAUAUCGCGGGGACUAUUUGAUGCUAUUGCAGUCCGCCACAGGAUGUUUUUGUGCUGGUCGAGGGCAGUCAGGUCUGGAGUGAACCAAGGGCUGUAUCUGUUCUUAGUUCUGCAUUUUUUGAACAGAGCAUGCUUAUCUGAAAUGGUGAGGAAGUUUCUUUUAAAGAAUGACCAGGCAUCCUCAAGUGACGGGAUGAGGUCAAUAUCCUUCCAGGAUACCCGGGCCACAUCGAUUAGAAAGGCCUGCUCACAGAAGUGUUUUAGGGAGCGUUUGACAGUGAUUAGGGGUGGUCGUUUGACUGCGGACCCGUAGCGGAUACAGGCAAUGAGGCAGUGAUCGCUGAGAUCCUGAUUGAAGACAGCGGAGGUGUAUUUGGAGUGCCAGUUGGUCAGGAUAACGUCUAUGAGGGUGCCCUUGUUUACAGAGUUAGGGUUGUACCUGGUGGGUUCCUUGAUGAUUUGUGUGAGAUUGAGGGCAUCUAGCUUAGAUUGUAGGACUGCCGGGGUGUUAAGCAUAUCCCAGUUUAGGUCAACUAACAGAACAAACUCUGAAGCUAGAUGGGUGGCGAUCAAUUCACAAAUGGUGUCCAGGGCACAGCUGGGAGCUGAGGGGGGUCGGUAGCAGGCGGCAACAGUGAGACACUUAUUUCUGGAGAGAGUCAUUUUUUUAAUUAGUUGUUUGAACUGUUUGGGUAUGCACCUGGAAAGUAUGACAUUACUUUGCAGGCUAUCUCUGCAGUAGACUGCAACUCCGUCUGCUUUGGCAGUUCUAUCUUGACGGAGAAUGUUAUAGUUGGGUAUGGAAAUCUCCGAAUUUUUGGUGGCCUUCCUAAGCCAGGAUUCAGACAUGGCAAGGACAUCAGGGUUGGCAGAGUGUGCUAAAGCAGUGAGUAAAACAAACUUAGGGAGGAGGCUUCUGAUGUAGACAUGCAUGAAACCAAGGCUUUUUCGAUCACAGUCAACAAAUGAGGGUGCCUGGGGACAUGCAGGGCCUGGGUUUACCUCCACAUCACCCGCGGAACAAAGGAGGAGUAGUAUGAGGGUGGGGCUAAAGGCUAUCAAAACUGGUCACCUAGAGCGUUGGGGACAAAGAAUAAAAGGAGUAGACUUCUGGGCAUGGUAGAAUAUAUUUGGGGCAUAAUGCGCAGACAGGGGUAUGGUGGGGUGUGGGUACAGCGGAGGUAAGCCCAGGCACUGGGUGAUGAUAAGAGAGGUUGUAUCUCUGGACAUGCUGGUUGUAAUGGGUGAGGUCACCGCAUGUGUGGGAGGUGGUACAAAGGAGGUAUCAGAGGUAUGAAGAGUGGAACUAGGGGCUCCAUUGUAAACUAAAACAAUGGACAUUAAUAUGGGGUUAGUCCCCCCUUUGCUGCUAUGACAGCCUCAAUUCUUCUGGCAAGGCUUUCCACCACAUGGUGGAACAUUGCUGCAGGAACGCUUCCAUUCAGCCACAAGAGCCUUAGUGAUGUCGGACGAUUAGGCCAGGCUCGCAAUCGGCGUUCCAAUUCAUCCCAAAGAUGUUCAAUGGGGUUGAGGUCAGGGCUCUGUGCAGGCCAGUCAAGUUCUUCCACAUUGUAUGCUCUAGAGAUUUCCCUUCAUUGGAACUAAGGGGCAUAGCCCAAACCAUGAAAAACAGCCCCAGAACAUUAUUCUUCCUCCACCAAACUUUACAGUUGGCACUAUGCAUUUGGGCAGGUGGCGUUCUCCUGGCAUCCGCCAAACCCAGAUUCGUCCUUCGGACUGCCUGAUGGUGAAGUGUGAUUCAUCACUCCAGAGAACACGUUCCACUGGAAGUUUGGAACUUAGUAGUGAGUGUUCCAACCGAAGACAGAUGAUUUUUACACGUUAGGCGCUUCAGCACUCUGCAGUCCCAUUCUGUGAGCUUGUGUGGCCUACCACUUCGCGGCUGAGCCGUUGUUGCUCCUAGACGUUUCCACUUCACAAUAACAGCACUUACAGUUGACCGAGGCAGUUCUAGCAGGGCAGAAAUUUGACAAACUGACUUGUUUGGAAAGGUGGCAUCCUAUGACGGUGCCACAUUGAAAGUCACUGAGCUCUUCAGUAAGGCCAUUCUACUGCCAAAGUUUAUCGAUGGCGAUUGCACCUGUCAGCAAUGAGUAUGGCUGAAAUAGCAGAAUCCACUAAUUUGAAGGGGUGUCCACAUACGUUUGUAUAUUUUGUGUAAAUAAAAAAGGAACCAUUUGAAA